AGAUGGAUAUGGAGAGUGGGAAGUGUGACGAAAUUGAAGCCUAGGAGAGAAGUUGAUCAUGGACUGAACUGUCCCCAUUAUGACAGGAUAUGGACUUUGAGGACGUGGCCAUUGCCUUCUCUCAGGAGGAGUGGAGGCUCCUUGAUGAGGCUCAGAGACUUCUGUACUGUGAUGUGAUGCUGGAAGUGUUUGCACUUGUCUCAUCUGUAGGUUGUUGGCAUAAAACGUAUGAUGACGAGGUCUUUCCUGAGCGGAGCAUAUCUGUUCAAGGAGAAUCGCAGGUCAGGGCUUCUGAGACAGCUCCAGCAACCCAGAGGACCCUUCUGUGUAACCAGUGUGUCUCGGUGUUAAAAAAUAUUGUGCACCUGACUGAGUCACAAGCAGCAGACUAUGAGCAGAAAGACUUCUUCAGUGACGCAUGUGUGAGAGACUUCUGUUUCAAUGCAAACCCUCACCAGCAACAGAGGGAUUCCACUAGAGAGAAACUCUGGAAAGAAGACAUGGACAGGGUCUCGUUUGUGACCAGGUGCGGCUUCUACUUAACUUGGGUGCCUUCAAGCAGUAGGGAGGUUGGGAAAGUAUUCCCAGCCAUCUCAGAGCUUCUCCAGCACCAGGCCCCUCUCAACACUGAGGACCUACACAGUGGCAGUGAGAUUUCACAGGGAUAUCUUGGUAGAAAGAGUCUUCAGCAGACUUGCAACUGUGAAAACUUUGGCAGCCAAAACCAGAAAGUUGUUCAGCAUCAGGGUGCCUUCUCUGGAGAAGUGAAAUAUGAAUGUGACAAAUGUGGGAAAGUUUUUAAACGAAUCUUUCACCUCAUUCAACAUGGAAGGGUUCACACUAAAGAAAAGCCCUACGAGUGUAUUGAUUGUGGGAAGUCCUUUGGACAAAGGUCCGACCUCUUUUCACACCGCAGAGUUCACACUGGAGAAAAGCCGUAUGGGUGUAGUGAUUGUGGAAAGUCCUUCAGGCAAAGUUCUCACAUCACUGAGCACCGCUGUUUUCACACUGGAGAAAAACCCUAUGAGUGUACUGAUUGUGGGAAAUCUUUUAGGAGAAAUAAUAAGCUCCUUAUCCAUAAGAGAGUUCACACUGGAGAAAAACCCUAUCAGUGUACAGAUUGUGGAAAGUCCUUCGCGAGAAACUGUCACCUCUCUGAACACAAGAGAGUUCACACUGGUGAAAAACCUUUUGAAUGUAGUGAUUGUGGGAAGUUCUUUACACGAAAGGGGAACCUCAUUCAACACCAUAGAGUGCAUACCGGAGAGAAGCCGUAUGAGUGUAGUGACUGUGGAAAGUCCUUUAGACAAAUACGUUCUCUCAUGGAGCACCACAGAAGUCACACUGGAGAAAGGCCCCAUGAGUGUUAUAAAUGUGGGGAAUGUUUUAGAUGGCAACCUAGCCUUGUUAGACAUCUGAGAGCUCACACUGGAGAAAAGCCAUAUGAGUGUAGUGAUUGUGGGAAGUCCUUCAGGCAAAGCUCUCAGCUCACGGAACACCACCAUAUUCACACUGGAGAAAAACCCUAUGAGUGUACUGAUUGUGGGAAAUCUUUUAGGAGCACUAAUAGUCUCCUUAACCACAAGAGAGUUCACACUGGAGAAAAACCUUAUGAGUGUACUGAUUGUGGGAAGUCCUUCAGGAGAAGCUAUGACCUCUCUGAACACAAGAGAGUUCACACUGGAGAGAAACCUUUUGAAUGUAGUGAUUGUGGGAAGUUCUUUAGACGAAAGUCCAAGCUUAUUGAACACCACAGAGUUCAUACCGGAGAAAAGCCGUAUGAGUGUAGUGAGUGUGGAAAGUCCUUUAGUCAAAGACGUUCACUCAUGGAGCACCACAGAAGUCACACUGGAGAAAAGCCGUAUGAGUGUAAUAAAUGUGGGAAAUGUUUUAGCAGCAACCCUAGCCUUGUUAGACAUCUGAGAGUUCACAUUGGACCAAAGCCUUAAAUGUGCAGGGGAAGUUUUCUUUCUCACUCUACAACACUGCAGGAGACUUAAAUCCAUUUACCUGAGUAUAAACCCCUGUUAUCUGAACAUACACUGUGCGAAAUUCCUCAUAAGUUUGAGGUAGAAGUGAGGCCUGAAAGAGCUGCAUUGCAGUUGCUAACUUCCCAGCACUCCUGCCUCAUUGAUAUCACUGUGAGGAUUUGUGGUUGAAGUGACCUCCUGUACCACCUGGCUCACUGAACUGUGCACCAGUCACCACCCCUGCGUGCUCAGGGAAAAGGAAUUCUGUGUUCUCUGUUGUGCAUGAGAAAUUUAUGAAUACUUUCAGCUCUUGACUGUAUCUUCAUUCUUUUCUCUCUGACUAGAGAAUUUACCUUACCCAGGUUUCAUCCAGAGCACCCAUCCUCAGCUGAGA